CGCCUUCCAUAGCAAAAAUCGGACUUCGGAACAAGCGUGAUUCUCUGUGAAUCUUCCGGGGUAAUUGCCAAGACAGUUCAGUGAAAGGGUUACCCGGCCACAACACUACGCCCUCAGGCGGAUCCACAAUUUCUGCGGCUCACACACUGUACUGUACUCGUGCUCCACUGGUUUUCAUGAUAAUAUCAUACAGCUUCACGUUCUAUUAUUGUCAUUACUAAGGCGAAAGGAACGAGAAUCCUCCCCUCAGCUACUGCACCCUUGUACUUUUUUUUUUUUCCCCUUCGCACCAGCCAAUUUCACAAAAUGGGUAACGACGGUGGCAGGUAAACUCAGCCCUUUCCUGGUCUUCCCAAUUCCGUUGGAUUCACCGCUAACACCCAAUAGCAUCCCCACCCGACGGGAGCUCGUCAAAUCGCCCACAAAGCAGAAAACCCACUCGCAACUGCGAGACACAAACGCUCAGACACAGACAUACCACUGGACGACCUGCCCGCUCUCCAAGCGACCACUCUCGGAGCCUAUAGUAUCGGACUCGGCCGGGGUGCUGUACAACAAGGACUCGAUAAUAGAAUGGCUGCUGAAGGGCGUGGAAGCGUUCGGCGACGGGGAGGAGGUGCUGGAGGGACGGAUACACUCCCUGAAGGACGUUGUCGAGGUCAAGUUUGAGGAAGGGCGAAUAUGUCCGGUUUCCAGGAAGGAGCUAGGGCCCGGGGUGAAGGCUGUCUACCUGGUUCCGUGCGGCCACGCCUUCUCCGAGAGCGCGGUGAAGGAGGUUGGGGAGGGGGUUUGCUUAAAGGUUUGUUUCUGUUUUACUGUUCCACAGCGCGAUAAUGAUAAUGGUUGCAAGGGUGUUAAUAAGUUUGUUGGUUGUGUGCCUAGUGCGAUGAAUCAUACACCGAUGAUAACGUCGUCGCAAUAAAUCCUACCGCUCCGGAGGACCUUCAGCAGCUCAAGGCACGGAUGGAAAAGCUGGCCGAGAAGGGACUUACGCAUGCACUUAAGUCUGCCGGCAAGACUAGGAAGCGGAAGAAGGAUAAGAAUGGGACCGGGAAGAACGGUGACAUCAAAGCGGGUGGUGAUGCGAUCGAUCCGGCAGCCCCGGCGGCGACUGCGGGUAGUGCUGCCGGUGGUGGUGGCGGUGGUAGCAGUGGCACCGGCAGCGUUGGUAGUAUCAAGAACCCUCUGACCGCGGGCCUCACGAGCAAGGUUCUCGAAGACGAGAGGGUAAAGACCAAGCGGAGGAAGGUCGAGAUGAGUGAUAACCUCAAGAGUUUAUUUUCCGGCGAAGAAAAGACAAAAUUGGGAAAGAGCGACUUUAUGAGUAGGGGGUAUAGCAUUCCCGGGGGCAAAUAGCUUUUCUUUCUUCUCUUGUCAUAUCGCUCCCUUUCUUCACUUCUCCCCCCCCGUUAUGGGUCUCGUGUCUCUCGGAUCCGAGAAUCCACCACACGCCAUUGUGGCAAUACGGCACUGUACUAUAAUGCUUAUCUUACAUUUCACAUUUC